GGGCGGAGCGGCGCGCGGCGCGCAGUGUCGGCUGAGGCAGCGCCCGGGUCGCACGGGACAGAACGCGCUCGCAACACUCACAUCUUUCGCUCCCGCUCUGCUCGCCGCGGCGUGCCCGCCCCUCUCCGGACAGCGUGCGUCUGGCGUGCCGUACGUCACACGACGGGGGUGACGGGUGUGUGUGUGUGUCGUCACUGCAAAGUGACGUGUCACGUGUCCGGCUCGUGACGAGUGUGCCACCGACGUGCCGUGGCCCCCGAGAGAUUGGAGAUGUCAUCUGUAGCCGACCAGUAAGCGAAAAGCAGCGGCAAAAUGUCCUCGAAACGGAAGACAGCGGCCUUUUCGGAGGAGCUAAACCGUGUGCUGGGCGCUGGUCCACCUCAGAAGGGCAAGACCAGCAAGCAGGAGGUCCGCACCACUAUCAUCGAACAAUCCCAGUCAUGGGGCGGAGUGGACGUCAUGGAGGGAGAGGGCGGGUGUAGUGGCUCAGACUCAGGGGUGCCCACACGCGCUGAGGCGGUGGCCGGCGCUCGGACGCUGCUCCGGUACCUGUCAGCCCAAAGUGGAGCCGCCCCACCGGAGGUCCGCGAGUUCCUUCGCGAGUUCUCCAAGUAGCGGCAGCAAGACCACGCCACCUGCCACAGAAGCAGCAUCCAAAGGGCCUUGAGCAGAGCGGCUCUUGCGCCCAGUAGUAUUUUGCAUGGGAACAUGGGAAUGGUGGCAGUAGGCCAGGGUACUUAGUGAAACUGAUGUUCAGUAACCAACCCCCAUUUGCAUUUCGACUUUCUGAUUUGCUGUUUCGUUUGUCUGUUUAGCCGUGCGGAAUCGCGCAUUGUUUAGUCAGGAGGCAGCCGCGUCCUUCGUGUUGUGUUCGGUUUACUCGGUUUCGUGCAUGUCUGCAAUCUGCAUGCUCGGUGCGACGCAAAGGCACCCUGAGGUUUCUUGUGUCAUGCAUAGAAAAAGGCGCAUGGAGGACACUUUUUGUUGAAAGUUAUCAGAAACUGUUACCGUAAACACCCUUCUCCUACCCCAAACAAACAAAGUAUAAGUAGGAUAAAAUUGCAAUACUUGUCUUGCCUCUGAAGGAAGUGCCCUGUUUGUACCAUCACAUUUACCUUAGGCAUUCUACGUUUUCUGGUAGUGUUUUAUAUUGUAAGAGAAAAAAAUACUUUGUAAUAACAUCCCAACACGUUUAAGCAAGGCGGUUAUGGAGGUAGAGUUGAGGUACACGACUUUAACGGCGAUGGAUCGUAAAGACCCAAGUCUGGCAUGGACCCAAGCACGGCCCAAGUCAAAUUACUCACCAUUUGUUUCGUCUGUGAGCUUUUGAGAAUUCGCUUUAGGGUUGUGUCGUGCCGCAAAGCGCAGGCUGCAAACAGGUGACUACACUGUCAUUGGAGAAUUCUGAACACCUGACAAUACUGUGGACAGUGGAGUGAACUUCCGCACGCAUGCUGCUGCCAUAAAACCUUAGAAAUAUAAGACAAUUUAAAAUAAAUACAUAGGUUUUGAGAGAAAGAAACGUUUUGCAUAGUUUUUGAAGUAACCAGACUGCACUAUAAUUGCCUCAGCCUACUCGUCCCCUACUCUUCUUUGAUCGAAGAGCAAAACAGUCCAAGGAAAAUCAUGUGGUUUCUUUAUCACUAAGCGAUACCCAUCCUAGAAGUUCCCGGCGUUGCAUUCCUGUUGUUAUUACCAUAAACAGACUUACUAGAAUAAUUAUGAUUGUGCAAUUAUUUAGUUCUGUAGUAUGUAUUUAGUUUGGUAAGUUCCGUUGCUGCCGCCACAAGCUCACCUAGAAGUGUCCUGCAUGGAUAGAAGUGUAACUGAAAGUGUGACAGUGUCAAUCUGACAUACUUUCAGUGUAAAGUUUAGCAGCGAUUAUCACUGCAACUCUUUGUUUACUCUUUUUUGCCAUAAAGGAUGUUUAUCUCUAAA